AUCUAAAGGAGAGAAGUUGGCAAACAGACGUUAAUCUCUGUGUUAACACAGCAUUUGCAGCACGGCCCCCUCCGUCCCCAGGUCAACGCUAGCUAACGUGUAGGAGUUUUCCAUCCAUGGUGACCGCAUUGGUGACGGCACGACGCGCAGCAGUUGUCGGGGCGCUGGUGACGUCAGUGUCGUUGCUGCUGGCAUACAGGUGGUACCAGGAGGAAUUGUCCCUGCUCGGUACUGUCAUUGUGGGCACUCAACAGGCACAGACAGGAGCAGAACCGGGGCCAGAUGCAGUCUGCCUGGAGGGCGUAGUGACAGUGCAACCUGGUGGCAGACUGGGGAACCUCGUGCUAGAGUACGCUUCUGCAGCUGCCGUGGCGCGGCGGCACCAUCUGCGACUAGCUGUUCCAUCCAACAUUUCCAAGUUGCUGGCCACAGUCUUUGAAACCUCACUGCAGACCCUUUGUCCGUGCUUCUGCAGCAGCCUCCGUGCCAGGGACAGAAUCUUACUGAGAACAAAGUGCUGAACGACCAACAGAGACAGCCGCCACAUCCACUCACUGUAGAGGAAACGGUGAGAUGGGCGCGGAGUAGCCACAUGCCUGUCAUUCUCAGUCGCUGGAUCAUUCUGACAGACUACAUCGCUUCCUCCUUGGAGUUCCUCCGUCAGGAACUCCGUUUCCGGGCGAAAAUACAGGACGCAGCCAACAAAAAACUGGAUAAGAUCACAAGCGAAACGGCCCACAAAACUGGUUUCAACAAGACUCAGGUGUGCACAGUCGGGGUUCACGUACGCAGAACGGACUACGGGCCGUACAUGAGGAAGCGGUUCCACCUGCAGGAGGAGGCCGGCCCCGCCUACUACGAGGCCGCAGCAGCAGCCAAGUUGGCAGACCUGCACAGCGAGUGCGCCGCUGUCGCCUUCGCAGUCACCAGCGAUGACAGCCAGUGGUGCCAACAGCACCAGCUGCCUGCCCUCACCAGGAAGGCCUCAGCAGAUGCGGCCGCCAGCGUGGGGUUCUUGAUGUCAUCGAAGAGCCCUGCGGACGACCUGUGCCUCCUGUCCUCGUGCCAGCACCUCAUCAUGGCCUACGGCACCUUCGGGCUCACCGCGGCCAUCCUGUCCGGCGGCCGGACUAUCAUGUACGACACAGCCCACCAUGGCGUCCAUCUACAGCCUGCCGCUCAGACGAUGACAUCAAUGGUCCCUCACUGGCGUCUCAUUCCAUAGCGCCAGUUACUCGCUCCAUCCCGAAGGAUGACGUCACUGGUGCAUCUUCCCAUAGCGCCUCCUGCUUGUCUCAUCCCAAACGAUGACAUCACUAAUACUGUACUGUUCUGUGCUUCGAUCGCAAGUGGCAGGAGACUGUAGAACAUGAUAAGCAUUGAAGACGCCAUCUUAACUUUUCUCGCCUUUUAUUAUGAAUCCAUUCUCGAACCUUUUUGGAUUGACAACGUUUCAAUUUCAUUAUCAUACAUGCCUACAACAAAGUACAAAGUAUUGUAUAGUGGAUGGACUACGAGAGGAAGAAGUUCAUACAGUCAUUUCGCAAGCUAUAAACACCGCCACGUUGUGUCAGGCGUUAAUGCUAGUAUUUGAAAAAAAAAGACAGUCAUUACAUGUUACUUUGUAAGUAGGCUCUUUAGGGUUUUAUGUUGGUAACGCCACGUAGCGCUCUAUAUGAAAAUCACUGACUGUGCUGUGUGAAGGCUGUGGUUGGUUUGCAUUGUUGGAGUAAUAUUCGCUAUUGUAGUGUUGGGCAGUUGACUGUUAACAGCGCGUAGCGUUGCUCAGUUGGAGCUGAGCCGCAAGCAGUGGUGGAUGUUGGGAGUGAGAUGGCGGAGUUUUGAGAGCGGAUGAUCUGGACAGAGACAGUAAAUUUGUAAGACUGGAUGUCAUGAACUGAUACAUAUAUUAUGACUUUUGAACUCUUUUAAGGUAAAUACAUUGUUUGUUCUCUAUCAAAA